ACUGCCUUGCCAAUUGUCGGAGAUAUGAGCUCUUUACUCAAGAAUGCCUGCACCUUGUGCCAGACCAGAGUGCCAGGUCUGCCUGGGCAGAAGGGCGAGCAGGGAACCCAUGGAGCGACAGGAGUGCAAGGCAUGGUGGGAGAAAAGGGGGAUCCAGGAGUGCGAGGACCUCUCGGUAAUCCAGGGAAAGAAGGUCCAAAGGGGAUGAAAGGAGAGAGAGGAUUCCCUGGGCCUAGUGGAGACAAAGGAGACGAGGGCUCUCCUGGAGUUCCAGGCAUUCUGGGUACAACAGGCCGUACUGGAGCCCCUGGGGUCAUGGGCAGACCUGGACCAAUGGGUCAGCCUGGAUCAAAGGGAGAUCGGGGAAGUGAAGGCUCCCCUGGAAGGCCAGGACUACCAGGCCCCCCAGGUGUCCCCUAUGUGGAGGGCAAUGGGAUGAGCAGUCUGUACAAACUGCAGAGUGGAGGAGCCAUCUCAGGACCCCCUGGAGCACCAGGUGCACCAGGCCCCAAAGGAGACGAGGGAAGAGUGGGAGAUCCCGGAUCCAUGGGUUUACCUGGACUAGAAGGACUACCUGGAGCCAAGGGUGAUCUGGGGAUGCCUGGAGCCCCUGGAAUACCUGGGCCUUCAGGAAACCUGGAGAUGGUGAGAGGGGCCCGCUGGGGUAGACAGGAUUCCCAGGUCCUGAGGGACCCCAAGGUGCUCCUGUAA